ACUAAAUCUAAUAACUGUAAACUGUUAGCUUACAACUUUGGUAUUACUAGAUAGCAGCGCAUGACGACUUUUUAUUUAGCAAAAACGAAGUGUUGUUUUCCGCACAAACUUAAGAAAAUCGUAAACAGUUUACGAGUACUUUAUUAUAAAAUAACGGUCACACGUUUCAUUGUUAGUAGACAACGAGAAAAAUGAAGCUGCAAAGAGUUCUACCCCGAAUACAUGUUUAUUUAUCUAAUUUAAAUACUAGCACACCGUUAUACUAUACAACCAGACUUCAACAUGAUAAAAUUAAUGUUAACGAACAUAGAGCUAAAAUUAUGGCUCGAGGCUUACCAGAAAAGAAACCAUUACCAGGUGUAAAAAAAAUUAUUCUUGUUGCAUCAGGUAAAGGUGGAGUGGGGAAAACUACUACAGCUGUUAACCUUGCCUGUGCAAUGAAAGUUAUAGAGCCCCAUAAAGAGAUAGGUUUACUAGAUGCAGAUGUGUUUGGUCCAUCUGUGCCUAUUAUGAUGAAUAUAAGUGGAGAACCUAUGCUUAAUGACAAUCACCUGAUAGAACCUCUUAUAAAUUAUGGUGUUAAAUGCAUGUCAAUGGGUUUGCUAGUAGCUGGCGAAAACGCAGUGGUCUGGCGUGGUCUGAUGGUGAUGCAAGCUUUGGAAAGACUAACCAGGCAUGUUGCUUGGGGGCCACUUGAUUGUCUAGUUGUGGAUACACCUCCUGGCACUGGAGACACACAUUUAUCACUUGCACAAAACUUGCCUAUUGAUGGGGCUAUAGUGGUAACAACUCCCCAAUCAGCAGCACUGCAAGUUACUAAGCGAGGUGUUAACAUGUUUGAAAAACUCAAAGUUCCCAUCAUUGGCCUUGUAGAAAACAUGUCUCAUGCUAUUUGCAAGAAUUGUGGUACAAGGAAUUUCAUUUUUGGAAAUGAGACUAAACAGUCGGCUGAUCAAAUGGGUUUAGAAAUUAUAGAAAGCUUUGAGGUUGACCCUGAUAUGUCAGAAUGUAUAAACAGUGGCAAACCAGCAAUAUAUGCCCUGCCUGAUAGUAUACAUGCAGAAAAAUAUCGUCAGUUAGCAAAUAAGGUGUUUAAGUAUCUAUCAAGUAAGGAUCAAAAAGAAGCUAUUGCCAAGUAAAGUUAAGUAGUACUAAGGCAUAAAUUAGGCAAAACUACUCUUUGGAAUAUGCAUAGGAAAAUGUAUGUACUGAAUCGUGAAUUGAGUUUGUUAUGGUUGCCUUGUGUUGCAAGGAAGGUCUCUCAGUAUGCAGCUGUUAAAUGUUAUUGCAUCUUUUACACACAAGGGUCAUUGUUUCAUUCAACAUCUCAUCAUCAAUAUAAUAAUAUGCAAGCAA